AUACUCGAACUCUAAAAGCCUCACAAAAAAAAUAAAAAAUAAAAAGCACAGAUCAGAAAGAAAAAAAAAACACCGGAACCUCUUUUACAAUCCUUGUUAAUUCUGCUUGUCAUCCUUAACCAUUACGAAAGUGAAGUGUAGAAAUGGUGUCUUCGAAGGGUGGUAGUGUUGAAUUGUUGAGAAAAGUGUUGGGUUUGGGUUAUUGGGUACAAGGAUUGAGAUGUUUUCCAUGGUUAGUUGUGAGUUUCUUUCUUAAAGAUGGUCUUAAUGUGAAUCCUUCUAUUCUUCAAAUUCUUCAGAGUUCAGCCAAUCUUCCUAUGGUUGGAAAACCCAUUUAUGGUCUUGUUUCAGAUUCUGUUUACAUCUAUGGUCAGCAUCGUGUUCCUUACAUCGCUCUUGGAGCUUUGUUGCAGGCAUUAUCAUGGUUAGCAAUAGCAAUAUCUCCAUCAAGCAUAUCUAUUUUCUCUAUCUCAAUAUACCUCCUCCUUAGUAAUCUUGGCGCUUCAAUAGCCGAGGUAGCAAACGAUGCCAUCGUUGCAGAGAUGGGCAAACCACCUCCUUCUUCAAAAAAGCACUCUAAACCAUCUUCCUCCGGCAGCCUCCAAUCAUUUGUUUGGAUAGCUUCCUCUGUAGGAGGAGUCCUCGGCAACCUUCUUGGCGGCAUUUUCAUCGGCCGGCUCUCCUCACAAUCCAUGUUUAUGUUUUUUAGUCUUCUCGUCACUCUCCAAUUCUUCAUAACUGUUUCGGUUAGCGAGAGCUCUCUCAAACUUCCAAAGAAUCCGUCCCUCGGGAUAAGGAAACAACUUUCAGAACUAUCAGCCGCGCUAAGAAAACCCGAAAUUGCUUAUUCAAUCUCAUGGUUUGCAUUAUCUUACGCCGCUAUUCCCGCACUUACUGGAACCAUGUUCUUUUACCAGACGCAAUACUUGAAAAUCGACUCGUCGGUAUUAGGUAUCUCCAAGGUGUUUGGUCAAGCAACAAUGCUUCUAUGGGGUGUUAUAUACAAUCGAUACCUGAAAUCUGUCUCGCCAAGAAAACUUAUAUCAGCCAUUCAAGCAACGAUGGCAUUCUUAAUGAUUUCAGAUUUCUUGUUCGUGCGCGGUUUCUACAGACAAAUCGGCAUGCCAGACACACUCUAUGUUGUGAUUUUCUCAGGAUUCUUGGAGGUUCUAUUCUUCUUUAAGAUUCUACCAUUCACCGUGUUAAUAGCACAGCUAUGUCCACAAGGUUGUGAAGGUUCAAUAAUGGCAUUUCUUAUGUCUGCUGUUGCAUUGGCAUUCAUUGUGAGUGGAUACCUUGGUGUUGCACUUGCUUCAUAUAUCAAGAUAACAGGAAGUGAUUUUUCAGGAUUUCCACUUGGACUUUUGAUACAAGCUGCAUGCACUUUGUUGCCAAUAUUUUGGUCAUCAUGCAUACCUGAAUAUGUAAAAACAAAGGACAAUCGUAAAGACUAAUGUAUUAGCACUAGCUUUUGGAAAUGUGAUAGUGAUUCAGUGUGAUUUAUGUUUAUUUAGUUGCCUUACAACAUCCACAGUGGAGAUACUUAAAAGUAGAUAUUGCGUGUUUAGAUAACUCAUUUUAUAA